AUGGCUGCCUCUAUUGCCCCGGAAUGCAACGAUAUCAAAGAGAAAUAUGACACUUGUUUUCUCAAAUGGUAUAGCGAGAAGUACCUGAGAGGCAACACCAAGUCAAAUGACUGUGAUGAACUAUUUGUCAAGUACAAGUCAUGUUUACACAAAGCCCUUAAGGACAAGGGGAUUGACGGCAUGUUAGAUGAUGCUCGAAAGAGCAGCAGCGAAACUGAUGCCGAAUUUCUGAAGAAGUCCUGA